GGGCUAGAAAUCCGUCGCCUACGGACUCAUCAUCGCGUUCAUCACCUUUGUGCUUGUUCGCUGAUCGUUCUCUCUUCGUCUCUCUGUCGCGAGAUCGAUCGCGGAGGCAGGAAUGGCGGAGCAGCUCACGGACGACCAGAUCGCUGAGUUCAAGGAGGCCUUUAGCUUGUUCGACAAGGAUGGCGAUGGUUGUAUUACGACCAAGGAGCUUGGGACUGUGAUGCGCUCUUUGGGUCAGAACCCUACAGAAGCAGAGCUGCAAGACAUGAUAAAUGAGGUUGAUGCUGAUGGCAAUGGUACUAUUGACUUCCCAGAGUUUCUUAACUUGAUGGCUCGCAAGAUGAAGGAUACCGAUUCAGAAGAGGAGCUCAAGGAGGCCUUCCGAGUCUUUGACAAAGACCAGAAUGGCUUUAUCUCCGCUGCUGAACUUCGCCAUGUCAUGACCAACCUAGGAGAAAAGCUCACAGAUGAGGAAGUCGAUGAAAUGAUCCGCGAAGCCGAUGUCGAUGGUGAUGGCCAGAUCAACUAUGAGGAAUUUGUCAAAGUCAUGAUGGCCAAGUGAGUCCCCACCACAAAACAAUAAAAACAAAUGCGAGGAAAUUUGAUGGCGGAUAAGUUGCAUGAUGUUGAUCUGUUUCCUCAGUUACCUGAGUAGGUGAACUAAAGAUGGGUGUCUUUCAUGCUAUCUUAUGGUAAUGGCUGUUUGUUCACCACUGCUUGUGUAUCUGUCCCUUCUUCAUUGGAGUGUUUGGUUUCAGCUGGAACUACAUGUAUGCUUCUUUUGUGUUGAUCUUUCUUGUUCUAACAUUAUAAGUUCUGAACAAUGAAGAUAUAUUUUCUUCGCCAA